CGACCAGAGAGGGAGAGUUGCGGCAGGCAGGUGCGAAGGUUGAGACUUAGAAAUGGACAGAGUGUCUUGAGGAGCCCUGUCUGCAAGCACGUGGAGGAGGAGGUGCGCCGACCGGGAGGCCCGCGGCUUGGCCCGGACCCCUUUGCCAUGAACCAGCCUGCCUCCAGGGCCCCCCCUCCGCCCCGCCGCGUGCGACUCAAGCCGUGGCUGGUGGCUCAGGUGAACAGCUGCCAGUACCCAGGGCUGCAGUGGGUCAACGGGGAAAGGAAAUUCUUCUGCAUCCCGUGGCGCCACGCCACGCGGCAUGGCCCCAGCCAGGACGGAGACAAUACCAUCUUCAAGGCCUGGGCCAAGGAGACAGGCAAGUACACAGAGGGCGUGGAUGAGGCAGACCCGGCUAAGUGGAAGGCCAACCUGCGCUGUGCCCUUAACAAGAGCCGUGACUUCCGCCUCAUCUACGACGGACCCCGGGACAUGCCGCCUCAGCCCUACAAGAUCUACGAGGUCUGCUCUAAUGGCUCUGCUCCUGCAGAGUCACAGCCCAGUGAAGACUACACUUUUGGUGCGGGAGAGGAGGAGGAGGUGGAGGAAGAGGAAAAUGCGAGCUCAGGACCGUUCUUGGCGGCAUCCGCCUGUGCAGAUGUGCUCCAGAGGAUGUUACCAAACCUGAGCAUCACAGAAGCCGUGCAACCUGGCCCCCCCGUGGCACCCUAUUCUUUACCCAAAGAGGAGGUCAAGUGGCCACCUGCUCUCCAGCCACCUGUGGUGCUGGGCCCUCCUGCACCGAACCCCAGCCUCCUGGGCCCCACCCCUGGCAACCCUGCUGGCUUUGGGGAACUUCUCCCUGAGGUCCUCCCAAGCCUGCAGCCUGGGCCCCUUGCUGCUGGCCUGUCCUCCACGGGUGAACAACAGCUCCUGCCUGACCUGCUGAUCAGCCCCCACAUGCUGCCUCUGACUGACCUGGAGAUCAAGUUCCAGUACCGGGGGCGACCACCCCGGGCCCUCACCAUCAGCAACCCACAGGGCUGCCGACUCUUCUACAGUCAGCUGGAGGCUACCCAGGAGCAGGUAGAGCUCUUCGGCCCCGUGAGCCUAGAGCAAGUACGCUUCCCCAGCCCUGAGGACAUCCCCAGCGACAAGCAGCGCUUCUACACAAACCAGCUGCUGGACGUCCUCGACCGCGGGCUCAUACUCCAGCUGCAAGGCCAAGAUCUGUAUGCCAUCCGCCUGUGCCAGUGCAAGGUGUUCUGGAGCGGGCCCUGCGCCUCGGCCCACAGCUCACACCCCAACCCCAUCCAGCGGGAGGUCAAAACCAAGCUCUUCAGCCUGGAGCGUUUUCUCAAUGAGCUCAUCCUGUUCCAAAAGGGCCAGACUAACACCCCGCCGCCCUUUGAGAUCUUCUUCUGCUUUGGGGAGGAGUGGCCUGACCGCAAACCCCGGGAGAAGAAGCUCAUCACCGUACAGGUGGUGCCUGUAGCAGCCCGGCUGUUGCUGGAGAUGUUCUCAGGGGAGCUUUCUUGGUCAGCUGAUAGUAUCCGCCUACAGAUCUCAAACCCAGACCUCAAAGACCACAUGGUGGAGCAGUUCAAGGAGCUCCAUCACAUCUGGCUGUCCCAGCAGCAGCUGCAGCCAGUGGCCCAGGCCCCUCCAGGGGCAGGCCUCAGUGCUAGCCAGGGGGCCUGGCCUAUGCACCCAGCUGGCAUGCAACAAUGAGACUGCAGACAGGGACUGGCGCAGGCUUCCCAGGUGGCUGUGUGGGCUCAUGUGAAGGUAUGAUGGGCCCUGUGGGCACUUGACCGGCUGCAGGGCCCUCUACCUGGGUCUCUGGAAAGGGAUUUGCACCAAGGAGAGGGAAGAGAGGUCCAAGCUCCAGGCUCUCUCCCAUAGCACCUGAGGGAAGCUGGAAGCCAGUUUUGCUUUGAGGGCUAUCUUCCUCUAUGUGCCUCUCCUCUGCUCCCCCUGGAGGAACUGAGCUCUUAGCCCCAGUGAGCAGAGAAGUUAACUCCACCAACCCUGGGGGCCUAGUUGAGAGGGAAUUGUCCCAUAGUGGCCCACUCUUGUGGUUGCCCCCAAUUCCUCAGGCAAAAAGAGACAAGUACAGUGGACCAUGCCCCUUCACUAGGACAUGGGUCUAACCCGAUGUUGGGGUCCCCUAGGUUGAGCCUCACUUCUUCACAUUUCCCUCCGAGAAAGGCACUUGGGUAUCAUACCAGAUCCUUAAGGCCAGCAGCUACCUCCUCCUUGAGAGUCUAAGAACACAGGCAGAAGUAGAAUUUUAUGUAUUUUUCAAUUAAUAAAUAUGAGAAACAGA